AUGCAUGCCACGAUGAUCAGGGUGCCGCUCGCUGUCCUUGCGGCGGCGAUCGUGCUUUCCCCGACAGUCCAGGCCGGGAAGAAGAAGUCUCCAGGAGCACAGGAGGCCACCGAGGAGUUUCUCGCUCGUCGUGCUCGAACCCUGGUGGAGAUCGACACCAAUGCGAGCCAGGGCGAGGCCGCAGAGCCGCAGGCAGCACAGCCGGCGCCGCAGGUGGUGCAGCCGGCGCCAGGAGGCUUGCAGUCCUUCGCGGGCAGCUCGGCGGCAGCGGUGAUCGAUCGCAUGAUCGAAGUCACCACGGCUGCGCAAGAACAGCCCACUCAGACGUUGGAAGGGCUCCAACAGAUCUACCAGGGGGUGACUCAGAUCAAGCGGACCCUGUCGUCCCUCGAGGACCUGGGGGAAGCGGUGGACACGCUCCAAGAGCAGAUGAACCAAGCACAGGCGACGCUGUCCAACAUCGAGUCGUCCAUGGGCCAGCUGGGCCAGAUGAUGGUGCAGAUCGGGAACGCAGUCGCUGGAAUCUGCCAGGUGAUGCACAAUCAGAGCCAUCGGCCGACUCAGAUUCCAGACGAUCCCUGGGUGGGACACCUGAGCACGGGCAGAG